CUUAGCCACACCCCCUCCCCUGUCGGCGACUACUCCUCACAGCCUCGAUCCGAAGUGAGCGAGGUUACUUGAUCACGCCUUUGCGACUUCUCGACACCUCUCCACCAUAUAUGUGAAAAGUACCCACUUCCCAUUCCGUUUAUUUGGCUCCUUUACUAGAUGUACAAGUCGCCGCACCACCCACCGGACAGAAUCAGCCUCUUCUCGUAUAAUUCUUCCUGUUACCGCUUCGCCCGCCUUCCCAAACUCUCCAGCACCCGAUCUCACCCAUCCCGCCGCCCGAGGCUCCCGCUAGAAGGAAAGAAGAAGGAAGCGUGGUUGUGCCUGUGUGUGCUCGUCUGGAGGUCUGGUCUGUCUCUCGUUCUCACCUGACCUCUCCUGCAGCGGCUUGUUCCUCCUCGCCGGAACCACACAACACCUGCGCGCACCCCACGCUUGCUCGCACUCAUACUCGAGCAUAAGACACGCGCGUGCACACACAUACACAUACCCCCUACUCCCACAUCACACUCGCUUGCCCCCUCCCACUCGCUCGCCGUGCACGUUUACCCUCUAGUACCAUUUUAUUGCUAUUAUUUUUUCUUUUCUUUUUGAGAAAACAAUUCCCACGCCCUUUUCCGGACGGAACGGUCGCAUAAUAACCAAGCACCCGUGACCGCACGCCCUCACCUGUCGGGUUCGACAACAACGCUUUCCGCACCAGAGCGAGGCUUGGCUAGUCCCGCGGCAGAAUCGCGAGGGUAGCCUGUGAGAAGGAGCAAGGGUUUCAGAGGGCGCAUCCACCGGCUUGCUCCUCCAGCCAGCCAACACAGUCCGGUUCUGUCUGGCGCGCUAGCACUCUCACCACGCACUUAGCUCGGGCCCACGGGGAUAGCAGGGAAACGAGAAGAAAAAGAGCUGGCCCUCCGCUGCUGAUUUCCCCACGAGACGGCUGUCCUUGGACAGCGCAUUUGAAGAUUCGCCCUUAUGUUUCGCCAACGAACGAGCUCGGCAAAGCCUGGCGAUGACCUGCUUGCCACCUUUAGAGAGCAAUUCCCCCAUGUCGGCACCACCGCAGAUGCUGGGACGUCGUCGACAGUAGCACCUGUCGGUAUCGUCGCGCCAGACCAUCCAGGCGCCGUCCCCAGUAACCAGGACAGGCCGCAAAACAUCGGUCAUGAGGCAUUCAGAGACCAGGACCCGACGCCAAGAGCGACGGGCAACGACCUCUUCAAGUUCACGCCGUCACUAAUGGACCCCAACUCCUUCUCGUUUUCCAACUUUGCAAAUGCGCCUCCUGGCUACUACACCCCCACUCCCGGGGGCACCAACACGCUCUACCACCCCCAGGCCGGCGACCUGCACACGCCCUCGCUCGCGCUCGGCAUGGGCCUGGGGACCCCGCUGUCGAUACCCACCUCGGAGGCCCAGAUGCAUCCGGCCGCCGCCAUGAUGGACAUGUCGGGCGGCUUCCACCCAGGCAUGCACCCUCACCACCCGCAGCAGCAGCCGUACCACCACCCACAGGCGCCUCACUUCCAGCACCACUUCAUCCAGCCCCCGCCCACGCAGCCUGCCUUUGCGCCCUCCAGCUUCGUGCACCGGGAUACAGGCUACGAGACCAUGGACCAGGAUGGCUCGCCCAUGGACUCAGACGCCGCCGAGGACCGCAUGGUUUCCAUCGGCUCCACCUUCCAGACCCAGUCCCCGAUCGUGAGCUUCCAGCCGAGGCAAUAUUCUAUGCCCCUGAAUAUGGGCCUGCCGCCCUCGGCCGAGAAGUUCCGCUUUCACACCACGCUCAACGCGCCGACGGCCAUGAUAAAGCACGCCGACGAAAUCCCUGUGACGUACCUGAACAAGGGCCAAGCGUACUCGCUCUCCAUCGUCGACACGCAGCCGACCAUCCCCAUUGUGCCGGGCACCCGUUUCCGAACCUUCGUGCGCGUCUCCUUCGAAGACGAGCAACAACGAUUGAAGCCGGGUGUGUGUUGGAGCUUGUGGAAGGAAGGACGUGGAACGAAUGAGGCCCAUCAAAGAGGAGGAAAGCUGCAGGCUGUCGAGUAUGUCGAGGCGGGCCAGCCCGCCGAGGGCGACGACAAGCGGACCCGCAUCGAGCUCGAGUCGUCCUCGUUUGACGGCUUUUCUGUCAUCUGGACACCUGGCAUCAACGGCGCGGCCGAGUGCACCGUUGCCGUGCGCUUCAACUUCCUGUCGACCGACUUUAGCCACUCCAAGGGCGUCAAGGGCAUCCCCGUGAGACUCUGCACCAAGACGUCGACCUUCCCAGUCGACAGCGCCCCUCAGGCGGGCUCCGAUCCCGCCGCGACCGAGAUAUGCUACUGCAAGGUCAAGCUGUUCCGCGACCACGGCGCCGAGCGCAAGCUUUCCAACGACGUGGCCCACAUCAAGAAGUCGAUCGACAAGCUCAAGCAGCAAAUCUCGCAGGCGGAGAGCGGCAUGAAGGACUUCAACAAGCGCAAGCGGUCUGGUGGGUCGCAAGCCAAGAACCACGAUUCCCAACGGCCCGGAAAGGUGCAGAAGCACAAGCGAACCUGGUCAAUGUCCUCGACGAGCUCCGCCGGAGCUCAGCGUCCACCUCUAGAGGAGGAUCUGCAUUUCAAGCUCCAGACUCUGCAAGACAUGUUCACCAGCACCAGGCCCGUCAGCGUCCUGUACCUUCGCGGCGAAGACCUGGACGACCCAGAUGCGCACCCUGUGUCACUCCCUGGCGAGACUCUGGAUGUGGGAGGCAAGACCGAUGCCAGUGCCUGGCAGGCAAGAAGUGGACGCAGCUCUGGGGCCGGCUCGUCUCUUGUGUCGCCGUCGCCGAGCUCGCUUUCGCUACACUCCCAAGUAUCGGCCGCUGGCGCGAACGCGCAGUGGCAGGACUUUGACGACCCGCCCCUGACGGCCAGGCAGGGGUCCGACCAGCCCGUCAACAUAUCCAGGACAGAUGAGGCUGGAAACCUGAGUGGGUGGAUCGAGGCUCUCGGCGUCGACGCCUCAUACCGCCCGCCCCCAGAGCGCAGCACGAAGCCGGUUGCGUGCUUCUACAUUGCAAGACCCAAUCCCAGCAACGCCGAGGCCAAGGAGUUCCACAGGGCCAUCUACCUAAUGCAAAGAACCCUCAAGGAAUUCGUGGCGCGCAUCUCGGCCAAGUGGAACGUCGACGCGUCCAAGGUCGUCAGGGUGGUCCACGUCCUCAAGCGGCUCGAGGUCGAGAUGGACGACGACGUGAUCGCCGAACUGCCCGAAGCCCAAGACAUGACGCUAGAGAUUGCAGAUCUAUCGUCGGCCUCCAAGCAGGCGGCCAUGAAGAGGGAGUGGGAGAUGUCGGUCGACGACCAGACCAACGCCAACGACGCAGCCUCGGCGCUCACGGCGAGGAAGGACGGCUACGAGUUCCGGCUUACUUUCUGAACCCCUUUUUAACUUCGGCUGCUCGCCGCAUUAUCUUAAAAAAACAAACACAGACAACAUACGCACACGGACGCACAAACACACACCCCUCUCACACGCCGCCGUGGGACCGACUAGAGCGGAGACGGACCCUCCACACAGCGAUCGAAACACAAAAGUGACGAAAACACAUUUUAGACUUGGGGUGUCAAGCCAUUUAUUCGCACGAAAGACCCUAAUCAUCGGAGAUGGGUCCGGUUGGGUUAAUGGACACGAUCAACCACGAAAGGGAUGCUUUGCAGUUUGGCGUUUUAAACUAUUCCCUUCUCGAGAUACCUUAUACCCCUCGACGGGCGACCCUGUUUGUGGUUUCUUUUUCCUCUUUUUAUUUAUUUUACACUGCUACCUGUCUCCCUUAUUCUGAUCUCGGGUUUGGAAAUCUCUACGUGCAACCCUUGUCGCACGCUCGGCGCGAAAACAAGACGGGGAGCACAUUCAAUGUUUGCGGGGGAGGGAGGCUUGUUCUAUUAUAUAUUUUAUUUUCUAUACGUGACCUCUGUCACUUCAGCUCCUUUUUGUCCUCUCACACUCUCAUCAAAUCUGCUUCGUAUGUCGCCGGGUAUCAAUGACAGCUGCUGCUCGGCUUGCUGGCGAGGCGGGAGGCGGCAGGACUUGGACGGGAUUUGGCUUUUUGCGGGGAAAGGCUUUAGAUGAGAACAGUCGCCACGGACGCUUUUCGGAAAAGGCUACGAUCUCUUGCCAUCAUUUUGGGUGGUGGCCUAGGUACCUUACCUAGAGGUACCCAACUAUUUCACAACAACGCUUCUUGUUCCA